AUGGCCAUGUCUCUCGCGGAUUUGCUGUUGCCUUUGUUUCUACUCGUCUUUCUCACAAGAUCCCGGUCACAGUGCCCCACAAAUCCAUCCGCAAUCGUGAACGACACACAGGUUCUUCUCUCUCUCCGUGACAGGCUUGGCAUCAAAGUGUGGAACGAGACUGCCAAUCCAAGAGCAUGGCGGGGAGUGGAGUGGAGCUCGGACAACCAAGUGGAGGGCCUCGCUCUGUCCAGGUUUAAUCUCUCGGGAGUUUUUCCUGCCACCUGGGCCGAGCUUCCAUCGCUGGCUCGCCUGGACCUCUCGCAAAACGGCCUCUCCUCGCUGGAAGUCCCUUGCAAAAAUACGCAGCUCAACCUCCUCAACUUGAGCUCCAAUUCCCUGCAAGAGUUCCCCGAGCCUCGAGAGUUUGGAAAGCCUGGACCUCAGUGGGAACUUCUUAACAGUGGCCAGACUCCCAAAAACGGCCUCAGCGGCUCCAUUCCAGAAACUUUCGGGGAGAUGACGAACUUGACGCGCCUGGACAUAUCGUAUAACAGGUUUACAGGAGAUCUACCCGAUAUUUGGAGCAAGAACUUGGAGCUCAGGUACAUGCGUAUCACCAACAAUUCGCUCCAGGGUGGUUUGCCACCGAGCUUGAGAAGGCUACGCAAGCUCUCGGAUUUACGCGCUGCAUACAACUCUCUCUCCGGGCCACUGGAGCUGGAAGAUGGCGACUUUGCAAGCAUCGAGGUUUUGCACCUCGGGCUAAACUGGUUUAGCGGAACGAUCCCGGCUACGCUGGGAGGCUUGAGGAACUUGAAGAUCCUGGUUCUCACGGGGAAUCGUUUUAGUGGCACCAUCCCAGGCGAGCUCUCGAAGCUCUCGCAUCUCCAGCUGCUGUUUCUCAUGGGGAAUCGUUUAAGUGGCGACAUACCUCCGGAGCUUGGAAACUGGUCGAACAUCAGGGAGAUAUGGCUCGACAGCAAUGACUUGACUGGAACAAUCCCAGGCGAGCUCUCGAAGCUCUCGCAUCUCCAGCAGCUAGUUCUCAGCAGCAACGACAUCGGCGGGGAGCUCCCUUCUGGACUCUCCAACUGCACCGAGCUCGUCGGUCUCUCGCUGAACCAGAACAAGUUCUCUGGAAAUCUCCCUGACAGCUUCAGGAAUUUGAGCCACCUGCUCCUUCUGUCGCUUUCCAGCAACGAUCUUAAACACUUAUACAAAGGUUAA